GAACUAAAGAGCCUCAAUCAUCCCUAAGCUUGUCUCAACAUGCAAUCGCAGACUCCGAGUUCAGUCAGUCCGUACCCGCCCCAGAGCUCUCACUCCCGUUGGCUUGCCCUUACACACCGCACACCCGCUUUCCACUCGUCUUUCUUCUACGGCGUCAAAUCCACCAAGAUCUACUGCCGUCCUACCUGCUCUGCACGUCUUGCUCGGAGAGCCAAUGUUGUGUUUUACGACACAGAAGAUCAAGCGCGACGCGAUGGAUACAGGCCGUGCAAGAGAUGUAGGCCGGAUGACACUACCUUCGUUGGAAAAGGCCAGGAGGUUGUCACUAACGUAAUAGCGCUUCUGAGGGUGAGAAGGGAUGAUUCGUCGAUGAAGGGAGGUUUAAAAGAGUUGGCAAAAGAGGCUAGAAUUACGCCAAGUUAUCUUUGUCGUGUGUUUAAAAAGACAAUGGGCGUUACGAUAGGGGAAUACAUGAAGGAGUUUGAGAAUGACGCAAGCGAGGGCGAGACAGAGAGCUCAGUCCAACCUCCUAGCAAAGCUGAUACAGGUGUGAUGGACGUGGGGACUAAAAUCAUGAUGACGGCAAAGACGGCAAGGUUCUCUGAAGCGCCUACCGAGCAUAUCGAGGGUGGGCCAGCGGAAGAGAAUGUUAGAAGCGAUGAAGAUGCUCUGGACUUAGAUUUCGAUUUCAAGGAAUGGUUCUGGGCUGAAUACUCCUUGAGCGAUAGCAUCUACGUACGAGCUAUCGAGGAGUAUUCCAUAUUGCCAAUGACAGCCUGAAUAGGACGAGCAAAAUCGUUCAGCUCCACUUGCUAUUUCUCAACCAUCGCACACUCUUUUUUUCUUUUCCAUGCAUAUAAUCAUUCCCUAGCUAAUAAUGAGUAACUGGAAUUAUAUUGCUUUGCA